AUGCAGAGCUACAUCGACCUCAGCUCGGAGAUAACGCCCGCCAACGUGCACUCCUUCGACGGCGGCGACCCCGUCGUCCUGGCGUCCGAGAAGGUGUUCAACGACAGCGAAGUGGUGACCAACCUGUCGCCGACCAUAACGCGCCUGGACAGCGAAAUCGACGCGUACCUCAAGCGGCCCGAGUCGCCCGACGACAGGUCUCUCAACACCCCACCGCCGUCGCGGGUUCGACACAACGUCGAGAUCAACCCCGCCGACUCGGUGCUGUUCAACGCCGACACAGCGCUGGAGGACACGCUGCUGUUCGACAGCGAGCCGCCGUCCGACCUGUACGUGGUGCGCACAGAGAACGUGUUCGGGAGACGCGAGCGGAACAGGAUCCAGCAGCUGGCCGCCGAAGCGGGGAUAUGCACGUGCGCCAGCUGCGAGUGCAGCCCCACGAAGGGCGAGUGCAGGGGCGGCUGCGACUCCGACGAGAAGACCUGCCCGGACGACAAGUGCUCCUGCGUCGACUGCAAGUGCGACCACGCCGAGAUGAGGUGCGCGGUCGGCUGCGGCAAGGCGACGGACACCAACCACAACACGUUCCUCCACUACCACAGGCGGCACAACAACUCGAGCCUCGAGGAGUUGGGUGUGUACACGCUGCACGAGUGCGACGAGAACGCCCCCAGCGUUAAUAUAGAGAGGCUGCUCUGCUCGUGCGGGGGCGAGGGGCAGACGGGUGCCGGCAACGGGUGCGGCGGUGGCAAUGGGUGUGGCUGCGGAUGCGGCGGCAACAGAGCCGGCGCCGGCGGUUGCAGUGGCAAUGGCCAUGGAGUCGUUGGGAGCGGAUGUGGCGGUGGCAGCGGAUGCGGCGGUGGCAGCGGAUGCGGCGGUGGUAGCGGAUGCGGCGGUGGCAGUGGAUGCGGUGGCAGCGGUAGCCACGGUAACGCCAGCGGCGGCAAGUCCUGCUGCGUGACGAUAUGCUUCAAGAAGCUGGAUGCUUUCAAGCAGUUUCUUUCCGACAAUAAUCUGGUGCACGCGCUCAAGUUGCACAAUCUGAAUCUGACAGGCCUU